AUGUCAUCACCCGCCAGCCAACUUCCCCCACAAUCGUCUGCAGAAAAUUGUUCAACCUCCGCCCACCAAGACAAGUCGACCGGCUCAGAGCGUGCUCUUUAUAUCAGUCGUACCCCCCCGUUCGCACAUCCAAGGUCGCCCACUAUGAGCGCGGCUCAGGCGAACGACGCGGAGAAGAACAUCGAGAUAUGGAAGGUCAAAAAGCUGAUCAAGCGUCUCGAGGCAGCUCGUGGAAAUGGAACGUCCAUGAUCUCGUUGAUUAUCCCGCCUAAGGAUCAGGUUUCACGAGCUGCCAAGAUGUUGGCGGAAGAAUUUGGCACCGCUUCCAACAUCAAAUCUCGAGUUAACCGUCUCUCCGUCCUGUCGGCCAUCACCUCGACGCAACAGCGCCUCAAGCUAUACACUAAAGUCCCUCCAAAUGGACUUGUUAUCUACUGUGGUGAAAUCAUCACCUCUGAGGGAAAGGAACGGAAAAUCAACAUCGAUUUUGAGCCUUUCAAGCCCAUCAAUACGUCACUCUACCUUUGCGAUAAUAAAUUUCACACCGAAGCCCUCAGCGAACUUCUCGAGUCUGACCAGAAGUUUGGAUUCAUUAUCAUGGAUGGGAACGGUGCUCUUUUUGGAACCCUAAGCGGAAACACAAGAGACGUCGUCCACAAAUUCUCCGUCGAUCUGCCUAAGAAGCAUGGCCGUGGUGGUCAGUCUGCUCUGCGUUUCGCCCGUCUUCGAGAAGAAAAGCGCCACAAUUAUGUCCGCAAGGUUGCCGAAUUAGCAGUGCAGAAUUUCAUCACCAACGACAAAGUCAACGUUGCCGGUAUCAUCCUUGCCGGAUCUGCUGAUUUCAAGAACGACCUCAACCAGUCCGACAUGUUUGAUAACCGCCUACAAUCGAAGGUUAUCAAGGUUGUUGAUGUUUCUUAUGGUGGUGAGAAUGGCUUCAACCAAGCCAUUGAACUUGCCUCCGAGACCCUUGGCAACGUCAAAUUCAUCCAGGAGAAGAAGCUCAUCGGUAAAUAUUUCGAGGAAAUCAGCCAGGAUAGCGGAAGAGUCUGCUAUGGUGUGGACGAUACUCUCAAAGCCUUAGAACUAGGCGCAGCAGAAACGUUGAUCGUUUACGAAAACUUGGACAUUACACGAUGGGUUCUCAAGGCCAACACUGGCUCAGAGGUUAUUCUCCACACCACCAAGGCCCAAGAGGCCAACCGCGAGAUGUUUAUGGACAAGGAAACCGGGCAGGAAAUGGAAAUCGUCGACCAGAGCCCGUUCCUCGAAUGGCUUGCCGAGCAUUACAAAGAUUUUGGUGCUGCCCUGGAGUUUGUUUCCGACCGGUCCAGCGAAGGAAACCAGUUUGUAAAGGGCUUUGGUGGUAUCGGAGCUGUUCUCCGCUACAAAGUCAACUUCGAGCAGUUGGCUGAUUAUGAAUCCGAGGACGAAUUUUACGACGCUCCUAAUGAUGUUCAAGAAAGUUACCAGACAAUCGCAACACGGGCCCUAGGUCCGUCUGCCCAAUCUAGUAUGAAGCUUCUCAGAGGGCCAUCCAAGCUCCGGAAUGUAGCUAUGAGCGCUUGAAAGGGAUAGAAAAAAAAAAGAACUGGUUUCGAAUUUCUUAUACAGGAGAAGAAGAAUCCUUUUUCUUUUAAAUCACGAAGCCUGACUGGAUUACUGAGCAAAAAGAGUCCCGAAACGGUGGGAAAGGGGUGUUCGUUUAUCUUUUCUCUGAGUUUUUAAACCUUUUCCCUAGCAUAGCCAAUAACGUGACCAUACUCUUUUCUCUUACUGCAAAGUUCUGUGUUAAUUGGCACAGACAGACCUGUGGAUACAGCCCAGCGAGAGAACUUUAGAAGGGACAGAGGCCAAAAAAAAAAA